UAUCGAACAAAAUUAAUAUAAAAGCAUCGAUAUAAUUAUUUGUGUAACUUGCAUCACUAGUGUGAAGUGGGUUGUAUAAAUGGCUUCAACAUCGAGACUUGACAACAAUAAGGUGUGCUGUUAUGCACACCCAGAAUCUCCCCUGAUCGAAGAUUAUCGGGCUGGUGACAUGAUAUGUUCAGAGUGUGGUCUGGUUGUUGGGGACCGCGUUAUUGAUGUUGGAUCAGAAUGGCGUACAUUCAGUAAUGAGAAAAGUGGCGUAGAUCCCAGUCGUGUUGGCGGUCCCGAAAAUCCACUCCUUAGUGGUGGGGAUUUAUCCACAAUAAUUGGACCUGGGACGGGGUCUGCAUCUUUCGAUGCAUUUGGUGCUCCAAAAUAUCAAAACAGACGCACCAUGAGCAGUUCAGACCGCUCUCUUAUAUCAGCUUUCAAAGAAAUUUCAUCAAUGGCGGAUCGUAUAAACCUACCAAAAACUAUAGUCGACCGUGCAAAUAAUCUAUUUAAACAGGUUCACGAUGGAAAAAAUCUUAAAGGUCGAUCAAACGAUGCGAAGGCAUCUGCAUGUCUAUAUAUUGCUUGCCGACAAGAAGGAGUUCCACGCACAUUUAAAGAAAUAUGCGCCGUUAGCAAGAUUAGCAAAAAAGAAAUCGGAAGAUGCUUUAAACUAACACUCAAGGCUCUUGAAACUAGUGUUGAUUUGAUAACAACGGCUGAUUUUAUGUGUCGUUUCUGUGCCAAUCUGGAUCUACCGAAUAUGGUUCAACGCGCUGCUACACACAUUGCGAAAAAAGCUGUCGAAAUGGACAUUGUUCCAGGACGAUCUCCAAUAUCUGUGGCUGCAGCUGCGAUUUAUAUGGCAUCGCAGGCUUCAGAGCAUAAGCGCAGUCAGAAGGAAAUCGGUGACAUAGCUGGCGUUGCUGAUGUCACCAUAAGACAAUCGUACAAACUAAUGUACCCUCAUGCUGCGAAACUUUUCCCUGAAGAUUUCAAGUUUACCACACCCAUUGAUCAGUUACCACAAAUGUGAAAGUUUAGAUUGUUUAGUUAUCGAUGCUCAAUAACAAUUCUUACGCCUAGUUGUUAUAUAAUCAAAAAGGUACGAUUUUAUUAAAUAAAGCUAGUAUUAUUUUGGAUACAAAUCAAACGG